CUGAUAUUGGACGCAAAAUGUCUCAUCGAUGUCAUCCAGCUGCCGGGCUCUCCGACGGGAUACUGUACUAGUACUUGUCACGUUCUUCAAGUUUAUCCUUGACCGGAUUGCUACUAGUACUAGCUGUGUGCACUUCGUCUCACAUCUCAUCUUGGGCCGAUAUACAAGGGAAGGGAGUGAUUCAGGAUCGAUCCAGACAGGGUCCAACUUAUCCACCCGCGGCGGCUUCGUCGGACUCAUCAGUCCUCAGUGGAGACAACACAUUGAUUCAGAAGAACCAAGCUCAAGCAGCCAAACACGACUACCGUGUUCAGGAAUAUACUUAUAUCGUACCAGCAUUGGGAUCCAUCUGGUUCCCCAAGACCAGCCAAGGUUCAAGAUCAGGCAUCAAAUCAAAGCCAGAACCUCGACUCGGCUCCGCACGGUCAAAUUCCAUCUCGAUCGCCUUUAUCUCACUCGGCGCUCUGCUUCGCUGCAUUUGAAACAAAGUGUAAGCCUCUUCAGAGAAACUCAAACAAUGUCUUCCGACUCGCAACCAAAAUCAAAAGGCAAAGACGCAGCCUCCAUCAUCGCCGCAGCAUCUCGCCCCAGCAAACCGGCACCCCAACACACAUCGUUCAAAAACGACGACAAGAAAACCGUCUGGUGCGAGACGCAAUGGACGAACUUGAGCAUCCAGGCCAAAAAACUCGACAUGCCGACUCUGCCUUACUUUGAUCCGGAGACCAUGUUGUUGAGUAAAGAAGUGAAUCGGAAAUUGUGGAAUCAAUUGAGCAAAUUAUGGAACUAUCUUGGCCCCGACCGCGCACCGUACGCCACUCCCAUCCUCCAUCCUGGUGGCGAGGUCAAAUGGCACUCCUUCCUUGACGGGGAUCUGGGCUCUGAGGCCGAAAUCUACGACGACGCUGUUGACGCCUUUAUGAGCGAUGCUCCAAGACCAGGAUGGUAUGAUUUAACUGGCUGAACAAAAAAUGAAAAAGGCAGACAGAAAAACAAAAUUGGGCAAAGGCUCAUGUUCAGCUAUCAUGUGCACUAUGGGCUACAUCGUCCUGAUCAUUCUCGGUCAUGCUGCCGCUAAAUACAUGCUCAGGGCUAAACUUUGCCUUAUCACCCUCGGCAGGACAACUCUGGGAGACAUGCUCGGAUACACCCUCUGUCCAGUAUUGAACAUUCGCCCUGAUAAGCCUGUAGCUCUGAAAUAUGUUCCGCCAACAGUUGGUGGCUUCAAUCUCUCUUUCCAUGCGGAGAGCCAUGUCAAUUGGAUUGCUGGCCGUGAUCCGUAACCCCUACGGCACAUAGGAAGAACUUUUUGUUGAUAUUGGAUAAGACAUACAAUGUGCAUGAUCGGAAUAGGAUCGUCUGGUAACAAAUGCAGCAAGAUGAAAGGCCAAGAGGUGCAUUCAGCCAAUGCGGAUCGACUGAUGGUCGUAGUGCUGAGGUUGUCGUGUCCCCUACCCAGUGGUCAUGCCAGUAUUCCAAGCCAUGGGGGAGUUACUCCAUGUUUGUAUUGACAAGUCGUAGAAUACCUUCAUCUUGAGCACAGAUGACCAGUAAGUAAAUGAGAUAAUCGGCAGAAGCCACGACGACUGACGCUGAGGUGGCUUAGCGGAAGCGAGGCCACUGGCUGCGUGGUUGGCCAGGUGCACCAAAUGGAUUGACAGCUGCUCCAGGACCUGGACGAGUGACCGAGUUGGGAUUGCAGCAGAGCAUGGCAACACGAGAACCAAAUUUGGAGCCGCGAAGAGAUACCAUGUGCUUUCGAAUAUGGAUGGCAACUUGCUCGCGCUGGUGAUGAUGAGUGUUCAUCAGGAUCCAUUGGAUCAAGUAAUUGCCAUACUGGUCACCCGCAAUGUCGAUAAGAGGGAUACGUGGACGGUCUGGGUGGGCGGUAGUGAUGACUCCAAGAUAUCGAUCCAAGAACUCCGGCCCUCCAAUCUUGAGACACUUCUCCACCACCUUGGAUGCGAAUUGGUCAAUGCUGUAGUUGUAGGAAUUGGCAAGGAUGUGGUCAAUGACACGACGCUUGUCCGGUGGGGAACCGUGCUCGCACAAGUGCUGGAUGCACCAGUUUCCGAAUUGUCCAUGUGCAAUCAGAUCAAUGUUGGCAAUGACCUCCUCAAUGGCAGGGCGCUUUUCGUCUUCGACACAGUUCUCAAAGAUGUUUUGCACAACAAGGCUGCCGGUCUCGCCCAAGGCGACCUCGUGCCACAUGCCUCGGAGAGCUUCGUUGACCUUCAACAUGAUCUGUGGUGGCUCACCGCUCCAGCGAAGUUCAAACAGUUUCUGCCAGACAUGACAAGCAUAGCGAUGGAUGACAGUGUCGGGAAUACGACGAAGCAAUUCUCGCACCAUGUCAGCCUUGUGAUCUUCCGGAACAGAAUCAAACGCCUUUUGAAUGACGUGACAACCGAAAGGGUCCAUGCUGAGCGAGAUGACAUUCCCAUGGAUGGCAUUUGCAAUAGCCACGACUUGAUCCGGAGUGCCAUGCUCAAAGCAUCGUUGAACCAGGAAGUUUCCGAAGCGAUUGAUCAUGAGAGGGUAUGCUUGGUUGACAAUGGACUCCACAAUUUCAAACUUCUGUUCGGCUGUGCCGACCUUGAGCUUCUGUUGCAGGAAGAUGCUGGCUUGUUGAUCAUUGUUACAGACAAUCUUGUCAACGAUGUACUUCCAGUCACAGGACACUGAUUUGUCAAGAAGACGCCGAUAGUUCAUUGGCUCAAGCGGUGUAACAUAGGUCUGACCGCUGACUGCUCCAGACUGUCGCAUUUGUUAGCAAAAGGCCAAGGUUAGACUAGACCCGAAUGACUUACUGGAAGAGGCCAUGGAUUGCCCGCGCCGUGAACAGAACCAGUGGGAAAGUCGGGUGCAGCCGGGGUGAUUGGUGUUGCAAGUCCUCGUUGAUAAGAGUAUUGCGCAGGAAGUGCCAUGGGACUGAUUGGUGGCGGAGUAAGAGUAGUUGCGGCAGAGGGGAAGCUACCGUAUCCAGCCAUUGGAUCAGUGAUGUUCGAGUUGAUGCGCAACUGUCCAGCAUUUCGUCUCAUGCCGACUGAUGCAUUGUACGGCAUCAUCUCAGAAUUUGCACGCAUGUCGUAACCAAGAGGACCUGCCGCUGCUGAGAAGUUGCGUGGUUGGAAGCUUGCAUCUGCAGGGGAAACAGUGGCUCCGUACACUCCAUUGUAGGCUUGACCAGAGAGGCGGGCAUCACGAGGGUUGGUGUAACCUGCCGCAGGGGCAUUUGUAGCCAAAACAUUUGUCAUGGAUGCAGAGGGAUUGUUCCAAAUGGCCCUACCACGUCCGUAGUUAC